AAAUUCUUACCCACCUUCCAUUCUUAACGUAAUAGUAAACAUCAAACUAAUCGCCGGCGGAUCUUUUUUAUUUAUUUUAUUCCAUGGCCGGGGAAACUUUUGGUAACUAAAACAUCUUCUUAAUCUCUCAUUUCCUUUUCUCAUUAUUUCUCCAUCUGUCAUCUUCCAAUUGAUAUCAUUCUUUCCAUAAUCUGAAGCUCAUCGAACAAAGCAAAUAUUUAAGCUUGACCCUUUAUCUUCAACAUCAACAAGAAAAAAAGAAGAAGCAGCUAACAAUGUCGCCUUUUCUUCUCUUCAUCUCUCUCGCUACAUGCUUCAUUUCGUUCCAUUCGCAAGUUGGUGGAGCGACGAGCAUCGGGAUCAACUACGGCCUGUUGGGAGACAACCUCCCGUCGCCGGACAGAUGCGUCAGCCUACUGAAGUCGAGGAACGUGAACCGGGUCCGGAUCUUCGACCCGAACCAAGACGUGCUCACCGCGUUGGCCAACGCCGGCGGGAUGGAGGUGGUUCUUGGGACGCUGAAUAGCGAUCUGGAGCAGCUGGCCAGCAACCCAUCUUACGCGGCCCAGUGGGUUUCGGCCCAUGUAGUCCCCUUCCGGGCCCGUUUGAAGUUCCGCUACAUUACGGCGGGAAACGAGGUCAUCCCAGGCCCACUGGCCCAUCUCGUGCUCGACGCGAUGAAGAAUCUCGACUCUGCUCUGAAAUCGGCACAAAUCACCGACGUCCCCGUCAGCACGGCGAUCAGCUUCGCGUCGAUCGGGAAAUCGUUUCCCCCGUCGGCGGGUGAAUUCUCCGACGAAUCGAAGCCGUACGUCGCUCCGGUGGUGGAAUUCCUCGCCGCGAACGGUUACCCGCUCUUGGCCAACGUGUACCCUUACUUUGCCUACAAGAGCGACCCGACGAACAUCGAUCGGGAGUACGCGCUGGGGAAUUCGGCGGCCGGCGGCGGCGGGAAGAGGGUGGUCGACGGAAAUUUGGAGUACCAGGGUUUGUUCGACGCGAUGGUGGACACGAUGUACGCUGCGGCGGAGAAGGUGAAGGGGGAGGCGGUGAAGGUUGUGGUGUCGGAGACAGGGUGGCCGAGCGCCGGAGCUGACGUGGCGACGGUGGAUAACGCGAGGGCGUAUGUGAACAACGUGGCGGCGAAGGCCCGUUCCGGCGGCGGGACGCCGAGGCGGCAGGGGAGUGAAAUCGAGACGUAUUUGUUUGCUCUGUUCAAUGAGGAUUUGAAGGCGCAGGGGGAAGAACAGAAUUUCGGGUUGUACCGACCCGAUUUGACGGAAGUUUACAAGGUGGAUUUGAAUUGA